CACAACCCCAUAUAACCCGAGGGGUUGGGAUGGCUAACGACAGUUCCUGGACGACCGUCGAAAGCUCGACAACCACAAGCGCCUCAUACUCUCCACACGCGCGCUUGCUUGCCGAGCUCGCACAAAAAGCGGUGGUCAACGACAUUUUACACUGUACGAGUGAAAAAAACCAAUUGACGGUAAGCAACAUGCACUUGUGGGAGGAAUUGGCGGUGAUCAUUUGCUUGACGGCCACUGCUGUUUUUGCGGACGGCCGUUAUAGUAAAGAAGGUCUAAUACAAAAGCAAAACAAGUACAACUCGUGGGCCCCAAACCGCGCUGGCUUGAGCGAUUGGUCGUACAGUGGCGGCGUUCCAUCGAGCAUGAUGAGACAUUAUCCCGUGUCACUGAGCAGAUACCAGCAGGUCAUUGCGGACGCGGCUGCGGCUGCGGCGGCGAACAGGCAACAACAGCACCAGAUGCAACCGUUGACAUUGUCAGAAUACUACGAUGCUGCGUUGGCCGCGAUAACCGGCGAAGGUGUAGACUUAAACCCAUCGUUCGAGCCUAGAGUAUACGGGCCCAGGACGCCUUACGAUGCAAGACAGUCGUACGAUCCUAGACAAACUUAUGAUACCAGAUCAAACGAGGUGUCCAACUACGCGGUAGUCAGAUACCCCAGUUACAGCUACUAUCCUCCGGCCGUUGAAGGUUUGAGCGGUAGCGGACGUAGGUUUGACGGCGGUAAUGAAGAGGAUGACAACAAAGAGAGCAGCUUUGAAGACAGAUUGCGGAUGGUGCUGAAUGAAGACGAGUCGAGCGGCCGGGAUGACCCAAUGCUCAUGUCAUCGUACUACCACGAUGAGCAUCCUGCGUCCCUAGAGAGCCGCUUCCGGCCACAGCAGUACUACUGGUCAUCACCGCCUCGGUACAACUCGGCCGACAAAAUUCAUAAAUACCGCAAUCUGUUCAUGUCCAAUCCAGUGUCGCCUUCGAAUGCGUUUAAGUCAGCCAAGGAACAAGAAUUGCACGAUUUCUGGGAGUCGCUCAUUCAGGGUGACUUGCAAAAGCCAUCCGAACGUGACCCAUACGCUAGGCACAAGCAGCUGCAGAUGAGGCAACAGGCGGCGUACGAAGCCAAACAACAGUUUAGGCAGCAGCAAAAGCUAGCGGGACAAGACGACAAAGAUGACAGCGACGACGAUGGUGACCGAAUGAGUUCCAAUUCUCGGCCUAGUCUGUACAGCCAAUGGGCCAACGGGUCGCCUUUGAUCAAGCGGUCUCUCGGGAACGCGGACAACGAUGACGUCCGUCAGUUGGAACAAUUAAAAUGGACGGCCACACCAACAACGAUGACGGCGGCCAAGGCCAUUACUACCACGCCGGCAGUCACUGGGCCAAUGGCCGACGGUGGCCAAAGGGAGUAUGUCCUGCCCAGGCCGGCAAGUGAAAAGUCGGGAUUGGAGAGCUUGUUGGAAGUAAUAGCCGAGGGUGGCGUCCACGGUUUACCGACUCAACCCGAUAUGCAGCAGCUACAAUUGCAUCAAGUGGCCAAAGUAAAUAAGAAAAGAAGUUUGGUGUCGGACGAGACGUCACUUGCCGCUGAGCUCGGCGCUCUCAGAAAAAACUAAUGGGAUUUUCAUUUCGUUUCAAUUUAUUAUUAAUUUUGAAAAUUAACACAUUGAUAACGAAAUGUACACCGAAAAGCAAAAUCGAUAGCCGUUAGUGUAAAUAACAUAAUCAUUUUUCUUCUGGUAUUUUUGGCUCUACGAAUACUACUUGUACAUUUAAAAAAAUACAUUAAUAUUUUCAUUUUCAGUUUUUUCGUCGUAAUUUUCUUUUAAUAUAACACUAUUUACUACAAUAUAACUUUAACAAUGUGCACGCUGGUUGUACGGUAAUUAGUAUCCUCUCAUUUCUUUUGUAGAGAAAAAUAUCUACAAUUCUUAUCAAUACCAUAAUAUUCUUAUUAUUUUUUAAAAGAUAAGUUAUUAUCAUAUUACGGUAGAUAUUGUAUUUAUUUUCAUAAAAGGGAUGAAGACUGACCGAAAACUGUACCUAUUUGCAUUUAUCGAAUGUUUAUUAUUAUAGAAAAACUCGUGUGUAAGUUUAUCUAUCGGCUUACCUUAUUUAUAAAUUAUAAUCGAACAUAUUUUCACUUUAAAAUUGACAUAAUAAUGAUAUGUUUGAAACGUUUAAACUUAGUUAUAAUUAAUAUUACAUUGACAAUUAUUAUAAUAAAGCAAAACUUUUAUUCAUCUUAUACAUUGGAAAGUUGAUAAACUACAUAUUUAAUAAUAUAUACGACAAGCAAGGAUUUUUUAUUUUAUUCUAGCACUG